UUGUGUGUCCGGUAGCCGUAAAAGCAAUAAAUGUAUUUUAAAGUUUGCUCUUUUGGUUGUUAUGUAACAGAAUAGCAGGAGUUUUUACGCGAUUGGUUAAAGCGAUAAAUGGACGUUAAAUCAGGGCAAACUGAUGACCAAUAAGAGUGUUGGUUUUAUUGUUAUUUUAGCGACAUACUACGAGUUUGUAAGCGAUUGGUUAACUCGGGUAACGCGACAUGUUGAGUAACCAGCGGUUUCAAACCGGACCUUCCUAGCUAUUAUGUGACUUUUCCUACUUUUCCUAACCUCAAAAUUUCACUAACCUAUUCAGCUCAAAUGGAAGUGGAGUUUAAAUGGAUUUUAAGCAAUAAUCAGAGUUGAUUACGGCUGAAAAUUGUUUAUUCAGACACCCAAUUAUGUCGGCAGGUAGGCUAAAGUUGCUGCGGACUAUCAUUGCCCCGAAAGUCGUCAAAGUGUUCCAAAAGAUGUUCAGUGAUAAGUUUCUACUUUACACCAACGUGGGCCUUUCAACGAGCCUCUCAGGCUUAGGGGAUCUUAUCGAGCAGAAAUACGAGCUGAUGAGCGAAGAAUUGACCGAGUGGGACAAGGUGAGGACGAGAAAUAUGACCAUGUCUGGAACAACUGUGGGAUUCGUGUGCCAUUAUUGGUACUCCCACUUGGACAGGACUAUACCGGGGUAUACUGUUAGGAUAGUGUUGAAAAAAAUUGUCGUGGACCAACUAGUGGGUUCCCCCCUUUCAAUAUCAACGUUCUUUGGUACUUUGGCAGUACUGGAAGGGUCCACAAUAGACGAAUUUAUUAAGGAAGUGCAAACCAAAGCUUGGCGACUCUAUGCUGCUGAGUGGAUGAUUUGGCCUCCCUGCCAGUUUCUUAACUUUUAUGUUUUGUCCACUAAGUAUCGGGUGUUGUUUGAUAAUCUAGUGUCUUUAGGCUAUGAUAUUUUCACAUCCAGAGUGAAACACAAAGACUACUCAGAAUCAAGUGAUUAGCCUGAGGAUCUAGUGAACAUGGCAUUUAUUAAAGUUGGAAUCAAGGCGCGAACUCAAGCGAUUAUUGUGAUAUAAUUGGAUGGGAACCAUUACUAACUGUGUAUGGAUUGUGAUCAGAACGCGAUCCUACUAAUGCCUUUUUACCUAUCGUGAUUUAUAUUAGUGCCUAUUCACUAAAGUAAAGCAACAUUUACAUGUUA